AGAUGGUCUUUUGAAGUCCGUUUUCUUUUCCUAUAAUUACUAUUAAACUCCACUGCAAAGUUGAGACAACCCAGUGUGCUAGAUCUGGCAAAUCUAAUAAAGAAGAGAGGAAAACAAAUCACCAGAUUCUUUAGAGGAAUUACUAAACACCACAUAAGAUGAAACGUAGAUUUAAAAGUUCUCCACCCAGAGCUUCACCAGACUCAACAAAGAAAGAUGAAGACAUCUCUACAGAAAAAGACAAACUAGUUCUGAGCAUUCCAAUAAAAAAGUCAAAACUAGAACUUCCGGUGAUUGAGGAAGGUCAACCGAGCAGCAGUGGAUGCUCAACAGUGGGCCAAAAGGAAAGUGAUGUGGAAGAAAGAAGAGAAACCAAUAAAGAGGCAAGACAGUCUGAUAAGACCUAUGACACUCCGCUUGAACACCUAUCUUCCACGACGGGGUAAUUUCCCUCACACCCAAUGCCAAGUAUAAAUUUGCUUUUUAGCUAUGACACUCUAAUUUGACCGCAGUUUGCCAGCUGUAGCUCAUCUGUUGAAAUGGAAGGAGAUACUGAUGAGCCUGUAGUAAGCAGAAAGAGCAGCAUCUGCCAAUCUCUAAGCUCUGAGGGAAGUAAACCAGACGUUGAACUACUACUCGAGGUUGAGGAGCCAGCGCCUCUUACUCUAAGCCCUCUAGGUUUAGGAUACACUCCAAACCUGUCCUUAUUGUCACCUUCAUCCCAUCCCUCAGUUUGCUCUCCUUUGCCCAUCAGCAGCUUCCCCCGAUCUCCAAGUUUACCCAACAUGAAGCUCCAAAGCAGCUUUAAGGAGUUUACUCCAGAUUUCAGUGAUGAUGAAGGAGAUGGAAUCUACUGGUUCCGGUGCUCCAGUCCAGGCCUGUACCAGUGCAGAGUGAGCGGCCUGGUGUUUGACAUGAAGGGAGAAGGAGAUGUGUCCUACAGGAUUGUUCCUUGGGACAGAAGGUUACUGAGCCGACAUGGCAAGAAGCCUGCAGGACCUCUGUUUGACAUCAGCUGUCAGCAGCAGUCUGUGGCUCAGCUUCAUCUCCCUCACUGUGAGAUCCGCUCCACAGGCAGAUGUCACUUCCUGUCAGUCGCUCACAUGCAUGAUGAAGGAAUCGAGUUUAUCAGACCUGAGGGAAUCACAGAAACUCACCUCAUCAUCAGCAUCACAGGGUUUUCUCCUUUUGGCAACGUCAAAGAUGAAGAUUCUCCUCCGGACCCGAUCCGAGCCUUGGUUCUGCUGUUCUACAAGCCUCCAGUUGAACCCAGUGUCACAUCUUUCCUCAGUGUCUUGCUUCUUCCAAAGAAUAUUGUGAUUCUGGAUGUGAAGCGGACCAGGAAGAAAUUGUUUGGAUUAGAGACAUUCCUCGACGUACCUCCACACUGUAAACUGAGGCCAAAUCAGCUUUACACUCUGUCCACCGAUCCUGGAGAAGACUCGGUUCUGGUUCAGCCCACAGAGGCUGAGUUUGAUGCAGAAUCCUACGACUACCUAACAUUAAUCAGGGUGACUUUAAAAAGCAUCAUUGGAGAUAUUGAGCUGAGUUUGAAAGAGAAGAGUGACUCCAGUUCUGUCUGGGAGGGACAUGUUUGCCUUUUACCUCAGAGAUUAAAAACAGGUCUGACUUCUGAUGAGCAGCUGAAGGAAACUCGGACCAAAAUCAUUGAUAAAAUAUCAGAACCUGUUCUGCAUAGUUUGCUGGACAGACUUUUGGAUCAAAAGGUCCUCACUGACUCAGAGAGUGAUUUCAUUAGAAAGGAGGGGACCAAAAGUGAAAAAGCUCGAGUUUUAGUCGACACAGUGAAGAAUAAAGGUGACCAAGCAAGUUCAGAGAUGAUCCGCUUUCUCUGUGAGCUCGACCCGUACUUCUGUAGAAAUGUGGGUCUCGUCUGUGAGAAACCAGAACCAGAGCAGUAAGCAGGACACUCACUGGUUCUAUUCUAAAUCACCGAAGGAAAGAAAGACAUCUCUUUAAUUACACCUCUGGUUCUUGGAGGCAGGAGAAUCCUGUGUGUAAAUGAACAGAACACUUUUAACAAAGAGUUUAUUGUCAUUGUGAAAUCAUAUUGUUGGCAUUAUCUGCUGGGCUUACAUGUGUUAAAAACAGCUGUGCUUUAUUAGCUUAUAAUCUUUACUAAUUUACAGGUUCUAGAGUUAAUUCAUUUUUUAUUGUUUUGCUUUUACUUAGAUCAUAUUCUUCUGUGUAAAUAGAAAGAUCUACAGUAGUGGCCAUUCACAUUGCUCCCACUUUCCUUGAUGGGCCCUUAGCUGAUCCCCUUAGAUUCAUUUUUAAAACAUCAAUCUUUCUGCUAAAAUAUUC